AUGCUGGGUGAGGCUGAGAAUGAUAGCUUCCGACAGGCCUUCUGGGCCUCAUUGUUUCUGAUCAUAGCCGCAGCCUUCGGUCACGCAGCGAUUUACGUCUGUGACCAGGGGCGGACACGAAUCAUCGAGAUUGAACACGUUCGCACUCGAAGCGUGGAUGUGGAUACCUUGCUUCGACGACUGCCUGAAUCGGUGAGCAAAACAAUCCAUCAGACGUCCACGCCUCAUGGAACCACCUUUCAAGUCCUUAUGCUCUUGGCUGCUCUGCUCAUUCUGUCCAGCGAGUUUCCAAAGCACGAAUUCGUGCAGAAGAGUUUGAGCAUCCGCUCCAUGGGCUUCGAAGUAUGCCGUUGCCUCUGCCCUGUUGUGGGAAUUCUUAUGCUCAUCUUCGUUCCAAUGUCACAUGACUUCAUUGUUAUGACCGAUCGUUUCAAGCAGCCAGGCUACAAAGUCACUCGAGAAGACAAGGUUAUCUUCUAUGCAAACAAGAUGCAGGAGGACAUGCACACGGCUGCCGGAGCUCUCGCGUUCGCAGUCACUCCUGCGCUUGAAGGUUAUGCGAUCGGCCGUGCAUAUGUGCAGUUUUUUGGGACCGGCAUCGGCGAGCAUUAUGUAGCCUGGAGCCAUGGUGAUACUCCGACAUACAUCUGGCUGGCGCUUCUCGUCGCGCGCACCUUCAUGAUUGUUGGUACCAACGUAUGCCUGUGGAACAUGGCUUAUGAGUGGUUCUGCGAACCUACAGCCAGGGCUACUCGGAAUCCUUACUAUAUUUACACGACGGAAAAGUCACUGAUUCGCCAGUUGCUGAAUUACAUUCUUCUCCUGGGCAUGUCGAUCUGGUUUGUAAAUUCAUCGCAGUUUGAUUUGAUCAUGCCAUGGGCGCAAAAGUUGCUCCUGGGGAUCUCAGUUGUGGCCUCUGCUGCCACCUGUUGCUACGCCCUGUCAACUUUCUGGUACUUGAUCUUCAAGGAGAGGUAUCUGAACCCGAAGGAGAUGGAAAAGGUUCUUCGCAAAAUCGUGAACAAGUCGGAGGAUCGAAUGGAAAGGUACACCACCGAGCUGGAGGCCCUUCAUGAGAAGUGGUCCAUGUGCUACGCAGACGAGGCCUCCUUCGAGACUGACUCUUCAAGCGACGGCUUGCUGGGCGGAAUGUGUUAG